CCGCCCUGCCGCUUCCCCCGCUGCGAGCUGACGCGCUCACACCGCGCCUUCAUUGCGUGUGUCAGGCUCGUCCCGGUGACUGGCUGUGACUUUUAUUGGCUCUUGAGCAGUCAGAAGAAAUGUGGGUCCAGUACAGACGUCGCUCUGAUGGAUAAAUGGAGAGGAUUAACGCUGUGCGAUGUCAACAAGAGAUAGGUCAGCAGGGGUGGAAGAGGCUGGUCAUGUGGUGUAGAAGAAAGCAGAGGCACGGACAUCGGAAUGCCACAGGCCAUCACACUGCUGCCCUUCCUGCUGGUGCUCACGGGCUAUGCUUUUGCAGAGCUCAGUAUCUGGCCCUCCUUCCAUAUUGCCCUUAGCAAUGCCAGCGUAUUUGUGGACUUCAGCACAAAAUCUAACAUCAGCAGCAUCCGUAACACGAGCCUGUCUCUGGUCAACAUGGAAACCAACACCACCCUUUUGAGCAGGACUCUCCCUAACAACCAAUCGGUCGGUAAGGUGGAGUUCAACUGUUCUUAUGGCAGUAGUGUGGAGAGCACUGCCUGGUGGUGGAGUUCAGAACUGCAGGUGCAGUGGCCCACCUUUCACAUCGCUGUGGACAGAGCCAGAAACCAUUCAGGAUCAUUUCAGGUUGGGAUAUCCACUAAUGAACACUUUCAGGCUUGCCCCAGCAGCCCCAACUCUACUCUCUUCCUAGAAGUCAGCUACAUGGAGUACAACCAGAUUGGGCGAAACAGCAUCGACAAGGUCCGAGCCCGCACACAACGCUCAAUCAAACCCCUUCGUUCUCAGAGUGUUGAGCUGUCCUGUGCCUUCCCAUUCACAGAAAGAGACUUCAUACGAGUAGCUCUACGGUCCCCUCACACAGAACGCGAAGUGAAGAGCUCUGGACCUCUCUACCUGUCCCGUAUCUUCUCCUAUAAACUGCUGGUGGAAAAUGCUAAUGCUUAUAAGAGUGGUUGUGAAGGGACUAUAACUGUUAGACUAAUAACUCCACCGUGUGCUCACAUGAAUGGGAAAGUAUUGCUGUAUAAGGAUGCGGGUGUUGGAAGAGGAUUUGGUCAAGAGGAGCCCUCCUCUCCUCCGCUGACCUUUAACUGGCUGACUCAGGGAGAGAACGAGACAGAAUUCAACUGUUCGGUGUUUUACCCUGGAAGGAAUAAGUACUGCUUCCGUUUUGUCUUCAACUUCAGUCACUCUCCUAGUCCAGCACAGACCUGUUUGGUGGUUCACAGGACUACUGAGUCGUGGGGGCCCUGGCAGCCAUGGAGUGUAUGCAGUGUAAGCUGUGGAGAGGGAGUGAGGGAACGAGUGCGUGAGUGUUUGCUGCCCUCAGGUGUGUUAGGGCUGCAGUGCACUGGAAUGGUGAAGGAACAGUCUCUCUGCUCACUGGAGGACUGUGUCGUGUUGCCUACCCCUUCUCCAUCCCUCACCCCUAUUGAUGUUGAAGAUACACCCCUAGGUGGUAACAUGGUUGUGGUGGCUGGCAUCUCCAUUUGCCUGGCUGUAAUUCUGGCCACUGUUGUGGUGACUGUGUGGAGGAAGCUUUGCCAGACCCCUCAGUGCAGCUCUGUGCACACAGGCUCCAUGCAUUCCCCUGGGGGACGUAAGCUCUCUGAUGAAGCUUCCAUUUGUGGCCAGAGCCUUCAAGGACCCAGUCUGUCUGACAGCCAUGGCCUUCUAGGGGGAAUGAGUGUGAGUGUAGCCCAGAAUGACAGGCCUUCCCUGGGCAGUCAGCCUCUGUCACAGACCCUGGUGAUACCUCUCUCACAGGACCAAAAAAGUCUGUCUCCUGCAGGUCAGAAGAUGUUGCCACCAAUAUUUGGGUACCGGUUGGCUCAGCAGCAAUUGAAAGAGAUGAAGAAGAAGGGAUUAAAGGAGGCCACACAGCUGUACCAUGUCUCUUCAAGCCCUGUCCAUGACACCCUGAUAGAGACAUCUGCUUCACCCACCAAUUCCCCUAUUCCUACACCAACUGGAUAUGCUCAUGCCGCCCUACCAUUGGGCAUCCAGGAUGAGACCAACCACAACGAUUUUCAUAUCACAGCUCCCUUUUCUGAGCUGCCAUCACAGACUUCUAGGGUCAUGCCCGACAGACUGAGUCCCAGAGUGGAGCUGGUCUUAGGUCCUCCUGUCUCUGCUCAUGCAAGUGAGGACAUUUCAAAAUGGCACGACCGCACUGCUGACUGGGUGGAGAUGGUAGAAAGAAGUGGGUUAACAGGUCUCAGAGGAGGAGGAAGAGCAAAUGCAGGAAUAGGAAACUCAUAUCAUAAGAAUUCAAAUUUCCGCCGGACCUCCAGUUUUACUGACACCAAACCCCAGCUUCUAUCCUCUGCACAGUUCAGAGAGAGAAGCAUGACCCAGGUGGGAUCUCGGACUCUUCCUGAAGGAAGUUGUUGGACCAAAGAAAGAUGGCAGAGGCAGCCAUACUGCUCUUACCCCAUUCCAGAGUAUGGGGCUUCAGACUGGACUAAGUCCAGACCCCAGAAAAAUGACCAGAGGAAGCCCUGGAUAGAGACAGCUGCUCCCUCUCACAACAGUGAACUCAGACACACAGGGACCAACACAAACAAUACUUCUGCAUCUGAAAAGCAUGCUAAAGCAGAAUUCAGUGGCACUUGGGAAAAGCAAAAGAGUGGUGAGCCUGGAGGUAAAGGUAGAGAGGGAAUGUCAGGCAUUGGGUGUCCAGCCACGGAGCCUGUCUAUUCUCACAGAGCCAACCAGCUGAGUGUGGAUCAAAUGGAGCGGGCUGAGAAAAACUGGAACCGUCGUGGCCCAUCGCCAAUCCAGAGGAACAUCCUAGCCCGGAAAUUAAAGGAAGCUCAGUCCUGCUCUGGGGUCAAGGGCCGCCAGCGCAGCUCCACCUUUAGUGUAUCAUCCUCAGAGCAGAGGAAAGGUCGCUGCCGCUCUCUGCCAAUGUCUGGAGACUACAGUAGCAGUGCUGGCUCUCCCUACAGGCUGAGUGAGGCAGAACAGAGGAUGUUGGAUGUAGAUCUGUCCUCAACAUAUGCAUCAGAGAAGGAGUAGAUCACACAGAUUUGAAGCACUAUACCUGCCAUUGCUGCAGUAUUUACAUUUAUUCUAUAACCCAAACCCAAACUUAAACCCCCUUUGGUAUGUUCGCAACUUCAAUCAAUAACCACAUAGCAGUAAAGACUGUAUUGUGAUGCUGCAGAUUUAUUAUAGGUUUGCUAAUCUGCGAGAGGGGAAGCAAAUAUAAGAUGUAAAAAUAUUUUUCUAAUGCAUUUUUUCAUUACAAUUGUUUUAUUUCAAUUUUUUGAUAGGCAUUAGUGUCAAUGAACAUAUUUUUUGUCUAGCUCACAUCCAUUCCAUUUUCAUUUUUCUCCACUUAUCCAAGAUUGGGUUGCAGUGGCAACAGGUUCAGUAAGGUAGUCCAGACUUUCUUCUCCCCGGCAAUGUUUUCCAGCUCCUCUGGCAGGAUUCUGAGGCGUUCCCAGGCCAGAUGAAAUAUAUCUACCUCGGGGUCUACUACCAGUUAAAUGUGCACAGAAAACCUCCAAAGCAAGGUACCCUGGAGGCGUCCUGAUAAGAUGCCCGAACCACCUUAACUGGCUUCUUUGGAUGUGAAGGAGCAGUGGUUCUUCUCUGAGCCCCUCCUGGAUGUCUGAGCUCCACACCCUAUCUCUAAAGCUAAGUCCAGCCACCCUAUCUCUAAAGCUAAGUCCCACCACCCUGUGAAGGAAACUCAUUUUGGCCAUUUCUUUUCGUGAUCUUAUUCUUUCAGUCACUACCAAGAGAUUGUGACCAUGGGUGAGAGUUUGAGCAUAAACUGACUGAUAAAUUGAGAGCUUUCAGCUCAGCUCCUUCUUCACCACA